AUGACCUCGAUACCUGGCCAUGUCGCUUUUCUCGGAGAGGUCAGCCAACGUAACUCAGAUCUCACAAAAACCUAUAAGGUUGAGAUAGUCUCCAUAGAGGUAUCCCCCGAUAUGGUCAGCGAUUCCAUCAAGUCAUCGAAUCGGAUGCCAGAUAGCGAUAGCUUAAUGAGGUGCAAGAACCCUGUGCUCGUGGGAAGAAGGUCGGCGAGGAGGAACAAGGGGAAAGACUCGGUCGAUGUCUCAUUCGCCGCCUCCCUCCUCAUCGCAUCUCGCUGA